AUGUCACUAUUCGGCGGCGCAACCCAACAUCCUAACAAUCAAGGACUUUUUGGCCAGACUACCCCUCCCGCACACAAUCACAACAGUGAAAAUAUAUCCACAAGCAGUGACAAAGCGCAGACCUACAAACGGAUCAACGUCUACUUCCCUUACCAGAACAUACCAUUCAUCAUACCCUACCAACCCAACAAUUACGCGCGUUGUAUCGGGAACCAGGUCAAAGAUAAAAUCGACCUCAUUGCGCUUGGGAUGAAAAGUGUCCCCAAGGACUGGGUUUUGAUUUCUGCACUCUCACCUCCAGAAUCUAACGCGAAGAUCGAAAUGAUCCAUGGAAGCUGCUUGCCGAUAUUGGCGGACGCGUUUAUUAAGCCGGAUGGGGCUUAUUUGCUAUUGUGGACGUCGGAUUCGUGGAAUGCGAAGGAGCUGGUGAGGUCGGGAUUGGAGCUCAUCUCGGGGUGA